AUGGAAACAAUGGGGAAAUUGUCCUUUCUCAUUACAACCUUAACAAUUGUCAUGUCUAUUUCAUCAACAACAUCACAAUCAUCCAUUCAAAAUUUUCUCAACUGUCUACCAUAUUCUCAAGUCUCUGAAGUUAUUUACACACCAAACAAUGCCUCAUUCUCAACCAUCCUCAACAUGAAAAUACAGAACAAGAGAUUUAGAACAACAACAACACCAAAACCUUUGGCAAUUAUAACUGCAAGAGAUGCUUAUCUUGUACAAGCAACAGUUAAAUGUGCCAAAAGAAACAACAUUCAAAUCAGAAUUCGAAGCGGCGGCCACGACUAUGAAGGUUUCUCAUACGUAUCGGAUGUACCUUUUAUUAUACUUGAUUUGUUUCUUCUCAAUUCAGUUAAUGUCAAUUUAAAAGAAGAAACAGCAUGGGUUGAUUCUGGUGCAACACUUGGUAAGAUUUAUUAUACCAUUGCAAAGAAUAGCAACUCUCUUGCUUUUCCAUCCGGGGUCUGUACUAGUAUAGGUGCGGGUGGCCAUUUUUCUGGUGGUGGAUAUGGAAAUUUGAUGAGAAAAUUUGGUCUUUCUAUUGAUAAUAUCAUUGACGCAAAAAUUGUUGAUGCCAAUGGUAAUAUACUUGAUAGAAAAUCAAUGGGAGAAGAUCUUUUUUGGGCUAUAAGAGGUGGUGGUGGUGCUAGUUUUGGUGUUAUUCUUUCAUGGAAACUUAAAUUGGUUCAAGUAACUCCACGAGUUACUGUUUUCAAUGUAAAAAGGAAUGUGAGUGAUGGUGCAACUGAUGUUGUUUACAAAUGGCAAUUAAUUGCACCAAAAUUGCAUAAAGAUCUUUUCAUUAGAGUGCAACCUAAUGUUAAAAUUGGUAAAGGGGGUGAAAAGAUUGUGCAAGUUAGUUUCAUUGGUCAAUUUUUGGGAACAGUUGAAAAGCUUUUACCAUUGGUGAGUGAGAGUUUUCCUGAAUUGGGUUUGAAGGAAAGUGAUUGCAUUUCUAUGCCUUGGGUUAAUUCCACUCUUUUUUGGUAUAAUAAGCCAAUUGGAACUCCUCUCGAAGCAUUGUUGGAUGAACCAAAAGAUCCUCAACCUGUUUUCUCAAAAUUUAAAUCAGAUUAUGUGAAGAAACCUAUUCCAAAAGAAGGUUUAGAAUCUAUUUGGAAAAUGAUGAUUAAAGGUGAGAAUUUCUUUAUGCAAUGGAAUCCUUAUGGCGGAAGGAUGGAAGAAAUAUUGUCAUCAGAAACACCAUUUCCUCAUAGAGCAGGGAACUUGUUCUUGAUUCAAUACCUUAAUAUUUGGAUUGAUGAAUCUCCUCAAGUUAUUGAACGUCAUGUGAAUUUUUCAAAGUUGUUUCAUGAAUUCAUGACACCAUAUGUUUCGAAUUCUCCAAGGGAGGCAUUCCUCAAUUAUAGGGAUGGAGAUAUUGGUGCCAAUCAUCCGAGCAAUGUUACGAAAUUUGACAUUGCUAGAACUUAUGGAAGCAAGUUUUUCAAAGAAAAUUUUGAAAGAUUAGUUAAUGUAAAAACUAAAGUCGAUCCUGACAAUUUUUUCAGAUUUGAACAGAGUAUACCUACUAGGUCAACCAACUAG